GCCGCGGCACCCAGAGCUGCGACCCGCGCGCCCCGCUCCGCCGCCGCCCCGGCCCGGGCCGCCAUGUCUCUGUGGAAGAAAACAGUCUACAAGAGCGUGUGCCUGUCCCUGGCCUUGCUUGUGGCAGUAACAGUAUUCCAGCGCAGUCUAACCCCCCACCAGUUUCUGCAAGAGCCCCCACCGCCCACCCGGGAGCCACAGAAGGCCCAGAAUCCCAGUGGACACCUGGUGAACCCCAACAGCUUCUGGAAGAACCCCAAGGAUGUGGCUGCACCCACGCCCAUGGCCCGGCGAGGGCCCCAGACUUGGGACGUCAGUACCACUAACUGCUCAGCCAACGUCAACCUGACCCACCAGCCCUGGUUCCAGGGCCUGGAGCCCCAUUUCCGGCAGUUUCUGACCUACCGGCACUGCCGCUACUUCCCCAUGCUGCUGAACCACCCGGAGAAGUGCCGUGGCACUGUCUACCUGCUGGUGGUGGUCAAGUCGGUCAUCACGCAGCACGACCGCCGCGAGGCCAUCCGCCAGACCUGGGGCCUGGAGCAGGAGCUGGGGAGCCGCGGCGCUGUGCGCACCCUCUUCCUGCUGGGCACGGCCUCCAAGCAAGAGGAGCGCGCCCACUACCAGCAGCUGCUGGCCUACGAGGACCGGCUGUACGGCGACAUCCUGCAGUGGGACUUCCUGGACAGCUUCUUCAACCUGACCCUCAAGGAGAUCCACUUCCUCAAGUGGUUUGACAUCUACUGCCCCCACGUCCAGUUCAUCUUCAAGGGCGACGACGACGUCUUUGUCAACCCCACCAACCUGCUGGAGUUUCUGGCCGACCGGCAGCCGCAGGAGGACCUGUUCGUGGGUGAUGUCCUGCAGCACGCCCGGCCCAUCCGCAAGAAAGACAACAAGUACUACAUCCCGGGGGUCCUGUACAGCAAGCCCAGCUACCCGCCGUACGCGGGCGGGGGCGGCUUCCUCAUGGCCGGCGGCCUGGCCCGGCGCCUGCACCGCGCCUGCGACACGCUGGAGCUGUACCCCAUCGACGACGUCUUCCUGGGCAUGUGUCUGGAGGUGCUGAGCGUGCAGCCCACGGCCCACGAGGGCUUCAAGACGUUCGGCAUCUCCCGGAACCGCAACAGCCGCAUGAACAAGGAGCCCUGCUUCUUCCGCUCCAUGCUGGUGGUGCACAAGCUGCUGCCGGCGGAGCUGCUGGCCAUGUGGGGGCUGGUGCACGGCAACCUCACCUGCGCCCGCAAGCUGCAGGUACUCUGACGGCGGCCAGACCCCGGAGGGGCGGGGCCCCGCGUUCUUGAGCGCCCCCCGGCGGCCUGGGGCUGGAGCUGCAGUGUCGGGGCAGAGAUCGUGGUUCCCUGCCCCCCACCCCCCGCAGGGAGGGGGGGGGCAUGGGGCUUUGCGGGCCCCUGGGUGUGAUGGGGCGCGGUGAGCCAGAAGGGGCCCUCACUGCGUGGACCUUACCCAGAAAGUGGUCCUUCCCCGCCUGCGGAAGGUCAUCUUGGGAGCAAGGUCGGUGGCCUCUGGUAGCCCUCCUAACCUGGGUUCUCUGCUGGGCUCCCUGUGACCUGGGGGGAGGCCCUGGUGACCUCUGAAGGAACCCCGUGCUCAGGUACCUGGGUUAGGCCUGGCCCUGGAUGGGACAGGGGUGGCCCUCUCGUCUUCACAGAGAAGAUUCUCCACCUCCCGUGAAAUGCCUCGGUCUCCCCCACGGGCCCAGGCAGCCCUUUCAGGAGAAGCUCAACCCUGUGCAGGCUCACAGGCCCCUCCCCUGCCCCCCCACUGCAGCCCAUGCCCCUGGGCCUCCCUGAGAUGGCUCCAAAGGCCUUCAGCAACAACUCCCCUCCCCUCCCCCCACCGCCACCACAAGACCUGCCUGGAGUUGCUGCUUGUCUCUGCUCACAGGAGGGUUUGCUCCCGGCUGUGUCCUGUGAUGCUCCAUCCACCCCAUCUGGAAGCGCGGCUGGCCGCCCUGACUACCUCAGCAAUGCUCGGAACCUCCUGAUGGGCUGCAGCACCCCCUCCCCAACCGGGGGCCAGAGAGCAGUGCUCCUGGUCCUGCUGCAGUCCUGGUGCUGCCCAGCCCCCCUACGGACGGGUGCGGUGCCCCCGAGGCCUGGCUCCCCACCCGGAAACCAGCCGGUUUGGCCUGGAGAUGGACAUUCCUCUAUUACUGUGAAGACUUAUUUAUGAAGAAUUUGGAGGGAGAGAGUGCCAGGCCUCGGGAGAUGGUGGUGUUCUCCUCUCCCUUCCUCAUUCCUGCAAGAUACCACCUCUGCGGCCAUUCACCUCCCACCCAGGGCACCCCCACGCCUGUUCCAGUCCCCCUCCGGAACCCUGACCUCCCUGCCUGCCUACUUCUCCAGGGCCUGAGCAGACCAACGUGGGCCCCUGUGAAGGGAUGGAGUGAACCCUCAGGCGUCCUUGGGCAUGGGCGCAAAAGGACGCCCUCUCACAUCAAUGGGGAGGCACCGAGGAAAAGAUUGAGGGAUCCACUCUACUUUCUCAAUAAAAGGGGGCUGGUUUUU